CAUUCGCCGGUGCCUCGCCAUGAGUCGCGCCUCCUCCUCCAGCGCCUCCGUCUCUCGCAGCGCGAGUCGUCGAAGCCGGAGCCGACCAAGGCAUGAUCGGCCCAUUUGCUUCAAGAUGGAGCAGCGCUUUAGAGCCUUAAAGUUUGCGGAGAUCCGAGACUCCCUGCGAGCUGCGCUGAGAGCAAGAGCCACGGGCAUGGCAGAGAUCUCCUACUCCAAACAGGAUUGUAAACUCACUCCUCCUGAUGGAUCUUGGCCUCGUUCACCGGAGGACGGCGACGGUCCAGAGGAGGAUGCUUUGAAAGGGAGUGAAGGUGAAGCAGGGCCACAUGCAGAGUUCCUGGUGCUUAGAGCCUUGGGUGGUGCCAGCAGCGAACAGAUCACUCAGCUGUGCCGACGGCUGCUGGAGCAGGACUAUGCCAUGGUCUUCUUGUCCUCCAAGGAUCCAACGGCCCUGUACAUGGUGGGUUUCAGUAGCCAAAGCCAGCAGAUCGCCGAAGUUCUGCUCCAAGAAGGGCACGGCAUCCGUCCUGGAAAUGAGGUCUGUGGUGGGCCCGCUGCUACGGUUCUUGCAGCUGCGGGCCUCAGCAGCUUGGGAGAGCUGCACCUUUCGGGGAGCUUCAAACCCCAAGACCUGGAGCGCUUUGCGGGCGCAUGGGCGGAACUUGAGGAGAGUGCACCUGAGGCAGGUGAAGGAGGUGAUCGCGCGGAGAGCUUGCGUUUCAUCCUGCAACGAGCGAGGCGUCUUCGCUUCGUGAGUCGUCAUGGCUUGUUCGCGGAGGUGCAUUUCCUGGGCGAUCUGCGGUACCGGGCGGUGGCGGGCUCCUUUACCUUCCGGGAGGAGAAGUGCUGGGCGGAUACCACCGAGGCAUCCGCGGGCGUCAAAGUGAGCGCCGUGCGGAGGAUCGCAGUGGAUACAGAGCCCAUGCGGGCACCUUCAGAUUGCCAUCAGCCUGUGUCUGAAGUCUGUGACGAUGAGCUGCACGAUGUCACAGAAGGAGUUUCUUGGCGUCGCAUCGCCAAUCCCACGGAGACGCCCAUCGCGGCGGCCGAGUUGUUGAUGGAACAGGCGCAGGGCCCCGGUUCCAAGACACCUGUCUUCGGAUUGAGAGCCGGAGUAUGGAUUGUGUGCGGCGAGGCUUCCUUGCAAGUCUUGGGCCCGCCACGCGGCGAGGGGUUGAUCGGCGGCACCAUGUGUCAAAGCAUGGAGCAGCUUCAUUUGAUGGAACACCCGGAAGCCCUCAGUGAUGAGUUGCAGAAUCGCUAUGAGGGCUCCACGGCGUUGGUCACCGUCAAAGGCUGCAUCACCCGGGACCGCGGUGUCGGAGCUGCGGCCAACGCCAAGGGGUCGCUUCUGUGCGGAUCAACUCCCAAGUCUGAGAUUGGCUUCAAAACGGCCAGCAUCCUGUACAGCACUGGGUUGAUGACGAAGGGGGGCAGCAUUACCCUGGAAAGUCCAUCGGGAUCUUUCACCCAAGUUUGGCGCAUUCGCGAACUGGAGGACAAUCCCUUUGACAGCCCCGAGUUGCGUGCUGCGCGAAAGAUUCCAACAGGCGGUCGCUUAACUUCCCCAACAGCGGCGGUGGUGCGAGUGGCAUCCUCCAUGGCCCCAAAGGGCAAGGGCAAGGGCAAGUCUGGUCGAGGCGGCAAAGGUCGUCCCGGACGAGCCAUCGCGGCAUCACUACCUGUGACGAGUGUGGCUUUUGCGCGUGCGCCGAUAGGAACCGUCUAUGGCGCCCCACGGGCUUUGACAGUCUAUGGAGGUCCAAGUGUUUCGGCACCACCGCCGAGGCUUGGGAGCCGUCCACCUGGUAGACCUGUGUCCAGCUUGCAGAAGGUGGAGCGUCCUUCCAAGGGCUCCAAAGGCUCCAAAGGCUCCAAAGGCAAGGGCAAAGGCGACGGUCGCAUCAUCCUGAGCUCUGCCAAUGCCACGCCGCGGCGACGGAGUCGUAGUGCCCAGAGACGGGAGACUCCAGGUAGCUACCGAACGAACGCCCAGAGAGACAACGCGAGUUCCGCCCGGGGCCGGAGCCGGAGCCACACAUACGGCCACGGCGGCCAUGGCGGCCAUGGCGGCAGCGGCCACGGCAGCCACUCGAGGCGCUCGAGGAGUCGUCGGCGUGGAAGGUGAAGCCUUGACUCCGGUGGAAACAGUUGAAAAAA